AAUUCAAUAGAGAUGAUAAAAUACAGGCCUGUGUGAGAAACUGCAAACAUAAUAUAUUAGAACAAUAGAGACGAGGAAGAGAUUCAAGUGUGUACAAUUAUAUUAGGUUGUUAUUGUCACAUGCUGCAAGAAAGGUUAUUUUGCAUGUUAUCCUGACAAUUCAAACUAUGGUAUAUGAGUAGGAAGGAACUGCAGAUGCUGGCUUGAACUGAAGAUAAACACAAAAUGCUGGAGUAACUCAGCGGGACAGGCUGCGUUGCUGGAGAUAAGGAAUGGGUGAUGUCUUGGGUCAAGGCCCGAAGACCAGUCUGAAGAAGAGUCUCGACCUGAAACAUCACCCAUUCCUUCUCUCCGGAGAUGCUGCCUGUCCCGCUGAGUUAUUCCAGCAUUUUGUGUCUAUCUUCAAUUCAAACUAGACGUGAGUCCAGUCAUACAUAAGUAAAAGAGUGAAACAAAUGUAAGUAGAUCCUCUUCUGGGACAGCACAUGGUAGAGCUGCUGCCUCACAGCAUCAGAGACUUGGGUUCGAUCCUGACCUCGGGUGCUGUCUGCACGAUGUGUGCACAUUCUACCUGUGACCGUGUGAGUUUCCUCCAGGUGCUCUAGUCCCAAAGACGUGUGGGUUUGUUGGUUAAGUUGGUCUCUGUAAAUAUCCCCUUGUGUGUAGGGAGUGGAUGUGAAUGUGGGAUAGUACAGAACUAGUGUGAAGGGGUGAUCGAUGGUCUGCAUGCACUUGGUGGGCUGAAGGGUCCCUUUCAAUGCUGUAUCUCUAAACUAAGCUAAUUGAAAUGAGGUGCAAGAGAUUAGAUAAAAGUAUAUUCUGAAAUUCAUGAAGCUGGAAAUCCGAACCGUAAGCACAAUAUACUUGAAGCACUCAACAGGUCAGCCAGUGCCUAUGGAAACAGUGUUAUUGUUUCAGGUUGACUUCAUCUGUGCCAGCACUCGGAGUAGUUAAUCCCAUUUAGUUCCUUGUGUUUUAUCCUCUCUCACAGGGCCAUCUACUCUACCCAAGGAAUGGCCAUAUAACUCAUUGACCAGCAUAUUUUUGAGAUGUGGGAGGAAACUGGAGGACGGUGUCCUCGAACCAUCGAACCCCACACAGAGAACAGCAGAAGUCAGGAUUGAGCAUUGGUCACUGGAGCCGAGUCAGCAGCUCUACCAAUGCCUAUCUUUUCAGUACUCCCAUAUUCGUACCACUUUUCAGAGGCUGCAAAACACUUUGACAAUUCCCAUAAGGCAUGGGAGAUAUAAUAUUUCUAUGUGCAUUUUUUAUAGGUUUCAGGUCACACCAAAGGUUUCUUCAGGUCGAAAAGCUCCGCCCUAAUGUUUUGUUCCAUUUCAUGCCGUGUCCUCCGAGUGUCGACGUCACUUGUAGAAGCAAAACACGAGGAACAAAUGACAACGUCAACAUGGAAAGGUGGCGGUAGAUCCCUGCUCGGCGUACAUCAGCUUGAACGAGCCUUGGCGGAACACGGAGCACCACAUCAACGUCUCGCGCGGGAGGCCCAUGUGCGACAGCCACAUGGACGGGGAGUGGUACCGCUUCACCGGCAUGGCAGGGGACGCCAUGCCCACCUUCUGCAUCGAGGAGAAUCUCUGCGGCACCCAUGCGCCCAUCUGGCUGAACGGCAGCCACCCCAUGCAGUCCGAUGGCAUUGUGUCGGUGCAGGCUUGUGCCAGCUUCAACGACAACUGCUGUCUCUGGAACACCACGGUGGAUGUGAAGGCUUGCACGGGAGGUUACUACGUCUACCGUCUACCAAACCCCACCGUCUGUUUCCACGUGUACUGUGGCCAUUUCUAUGAUAUUUGUGAUCAUGUGGAUUGCGUGGGACACUGCGUGGGUGAAGAUGAAUGUCAAUGCGCUCCUGGCACCGUCCUCGGACCAGAUGCCCAGAUUUGCCUAGAUGUCAACGAGUGUGCUGUCAACAAUGGGGGUUGCAGUGAAGAAUGCAUCAACCUGCAAGGCUCCUUCCGCUGCAAGUGUGGGAUUGGAAAAGCACUGGGCAGGAACUCUGUGACCUGCGAAGACAUUGAAGGCUGCCACAGCACUAAUGGAGGUUGCAGUCACAACUGUGUGUCGGAGGAGGGGGGAUAUCACUGUGAAUGUCCGCGUGGGCUUUUAUUAUCAGAGGACAAUCACACCUGUCAAGUGCCGGUGCAGUGUAAGUCCGAGUCGAUUGAAGUGGCUGUACCUAAGGAUUUAGUUGGCGGCUUGGAGCUGUAUCUCUUGAAUGCUUCAUGCAAGGCUCUUUCCAAUGGGACUCACGUCAACAUUAACUUCAAUCUCAAAACCUGUGGCACCUCUGUAGAGGUUGUGGGUGAUAAGAUCAUUGCAAGAAACACACUGACUGGUAUUCCCAAGCAGACUCCGGGCAGCAAUGGGGACAUUAUCAUCCGGACCAGCAAACUGGUGAUCCCCAUCACCUGCGAGUUCCCCCGUCAGUACAUCGUGUCGGAAGGGUAUGUGCCCAACCCUGCAAACUCCCCCCUGCAGAUCAUGGGCAGAAACCAUGGCCUCUUCCCCUUUGCCCUGGAGAUCUUCAAAUCCAAAGAUUUUGAUGAGAUUUACAAAGACACGCCGCCUGUUCUCAAAUUGCGAGACUCCCUGUACUUCGGCAUUGAGCCACUCAUGCACGUGGAUGGGCUGGAAGCCCUGGUUGAGAACUGCUUUGCUACUCCCUCUGCCAGCAGCGAUGAUAUCAUGCGGUACUACCUCAUAAAGGAUGGCUGCAUCAAUGAUGAAACAGUCAAGCAAGAGACAUCCAACGACCAUCUUGCAAAACAUUUCUAUGUCCCUGUCUUUAAGUUUGUGGGAAGAGACAAUAAGAAGGUGUACUUGCACUGCCGAGUGCUAGUGUGUGGAGCCCAGGACACCAAGUCUCGAUGUUCCCAGGGCUGCCGCAAGCGGAUACAUAGAUCAGCGGAGACGGGCACUGGAGGCCACCUGAGGGAUCAUCUCCUCAGCGGAGGUCCGAUAGUGAUUGAAACCCAGUGACAAAGCUGGGCAGCGUCCAGAUCAUUCCACUGAACACCUUUAAACUUUGUCCAUUAAUGCACGAGUCGCACAAAAAUGUAUCGUUGCUUUAGCUAGAUAAUUAUACUUGUUUGUUUUCUGAUUAGCAGACUGAACUAAUGAGCCCUGUAAUGGGACACUAAUUGUGUGGCUUGCACUGUAGCAAAGUCCAUUUUGAAUAUAUCUUAAUUACAGAUACUUAUAGCUAUACCUUUUUAAUAAAGAUGCAUAUUACUUUA